AUGUCUUUUAGAGUCAGAGACCCACCAAAGCCAUCAACGUCGACAAAUCCGUCGAAGCGACAUCGAGAACGACUAAAUGGCGAACUGGAAACGGUGGCCGCUCUGUUGCCGUACGAUUCGGCCACGAUCAGCCGGCUGGAUAAACUCAGUGUUCUACGGCUGGCCGUCAGCUUUCUCCAGGUCAAAGCACACUUCCAUGCAUGCCUCAACUCGUCGCCGUUCAUCUGUCAAUUUCCUAUGGCCACACAUGCCUACGCAUACUGUCCACAAUCGGCGAUAUUUUCCGCAAUACCUACCGUAUACCAUAGCCGAACGUCACAAGCGCUCAUCGACCCAAAUGAGGCCGAUUUCGAGACGAUCGCUCUGAAGUCACUUGGAGGCUUUUUGUUGAUAAUCAACGACAAUGGAGAGAUUUACUAUGCCUCAGAGAAUAUCGAGAACUUUCUUGGCUUUCAUCAGAGUGAUGUUCUCCAUCAACCCCUUUACGACCUGAUCCACUCAGAAGAUCGUGACGAUAUCAGGCAACAACUGAAUCUGGCCUAUUCGCUACCACCGGGAAGCACCAAUCCCCAGGAUCUCUAUGAACAAGGACCAUUUGUUCCCCCGUCAUCGACGGACGUCCUUGCCGAGGACCAAAUACUAAAGACAAAACACCAGCUGGACGGCACACUCGUCUCGAUGGACGACAAAGUCCAUGCUAUGUUGGAACUGAGUGAGAGUGAGUUGCCGAUCUCGUUCUACAGCCUUGUGAAUGUCGAAGACGCCGUCUGCUUGGCUGAAGCUCACAAAGAAGUAAUCAAAAACGGCUCCAGCGGUUUAUUGAUCUACAGACUGGUGAGCACAAAAUCACACCGGACGUACUUCGUACAGAGUAGCUGUCGAAUGUUCUACAAGAACGGGAAACCAGAAUCGAUCGGGCUUACCCAUCGACUUCUCAACGAAGUCGAAGGCACAAUGCUUCUGGAGAAGCGCUCAUCUUUAAAGGCAAAAUUGCUCUCGUUUGACGACUCUUUCCUCCAAUCACCUCGAAAUCUCCAAUCAACAGCCGCUCUUCCACUGCCACCACCCAGAGAUGACACCGACGGAGAGAGUCCGUUUGCCACUCCACUGCCAAUCGUUGCUGGGCCACGAACGCUGAAGAACGACUUCCCUCUCUUUCCACCCUCUCUUGUUUCAAAAAUGGAUCAUUGGCCCCUGCUACAACCGCCACUACAGGAGUUCAGCCUACCACUACCACCUACGUUACCGUGUGACAUACCACCAUGGGCGCCCGAUCCAUGGACCGGAGAGCUCUAUCCCCACUACAACAGUCCCUUGAGCUACCAGGCCUCAAUCCAACCGCUACCUCGACCUGCCUACCACGACCUGACGACUUCCGAAUGUCAGCAGUGGCAUCAUACAGGUCAUUCUCAUAUGAGCAAUAGCGUCAGUCUAACGAACAUGGAAGACACCUCUCAGUUCCUCGUCAAAGAUCUCUCGCAUGGUUAUCCGCUCGCUGUCGACUACAACAAGGUUCCGAUUGAAUAUCCGAUGCCAACCGUGCUCCCGUCACAAGCCAACGGUUUCCAGUUCAUCUCAGAAGUCACCAACACAUUGCUAGGACAGUAG